GGCUCUGCUGCAGGCAUGGAAGGCGCGGGAGUCGAACGGUGCCCGUCCAUCGAGACCUUUGCAGAGGUGGCUGAAGGUGGCAUAUCCAGCCCCCAAUUCACGUCCCUUUGCACUUGGCUUGUUUCAGAGCUCCGAGCCCUUUGCCCUUUAGAGGAGGACGUCAGUCCCACUUGUGGUCCUGAAGAUGCGGAGAUGUUCCAGAUCGAGAUGAGUGGCCUGCUUGGUGAGCUGCGUUGCCCGUACCCCUCACUGACAAUGGGGGAUGUGACUGCCAGGCUCCGCACGCCAGACAGCUGCCUCCAGCUUCUCUAUUUCUUGAGUUCAGAGCUCCUGGCAGCCCGGCUCCAAGCCCGGAAGAGACCUCCUUCACCAGACCGAGAAAAGCAAUCUCAGGAAGCUGUGCAUGAGCUGCAGCACAUCUGCCAGGCCUUGGGAAUGCCAGAAGCGGAUCCAGGCUGCCCUCUUCCUCAACUCAUGGCGGACAUAAAAGCCAAGAUUUCAGGGUUGCUUUCUGUGAUGCCUCCAGAGCAGAUGGCGCCGCUCCUGAAAACCCCACUGACUUCUGAGGAAUGGAAAACAUUAGAGAAGAUCCACGGAGCGUUGCAGGCGGAGUACCAGUGCCGCAGGUGCAUGAUGAUCACUCGUUUUGACAUUACAAUCGAGUCGUUCCAUUGGUCCGAGAGAGCAAAGGAUCGUGGCGCACCCAUGUCGAAGGCCUUCAGGCCCUUGCGCCAGUCUUUGCAGGGGGAUUCUCAGGUCACACUUGCGCAUCUGCUGGCAGCCCGAGAGGACCUCUCAAGCAUUGUCAAGACAAGCAGCGGCAUCUCUCGGGACAAGACCAGUUGUGCCAUCAACAAGGUGCUGAUGACCGGCAGUGUCCCGGAUCGGGGUGGGCGUCCAAAUGAGAUUGAGCCCCCUAUGCCCAUGUGGGAGAAGAGACGAGAGGGGGGAGGAGGUGGUGGUGGCUGCCAGCGCUGGGGUAAAAGGAAAAAGAAGAAAAAAUAA